AUGGCGGCCGGAAACCCGCGGCUGUCGACGCCCGGGACGCGAUCCGGCGACAUGGAUGGCGGGGGCGAGCAGCAGAACCUGUGGACGUCGAUGCUGGAGUCGGCCUCGAGCGGCAAGAAGCUUCCCGAGAAGAGUCUCCUGGUCCUCGGUGGCUCGCCCGAACUGCAGCGAGACUUUGUCGAGUCCUUGUCGGCGACCGAAUCCCGACGCGGCCUGGACUGGCAGACGACGCCGCCCGUCGCCAACAGCUUUGCUCUGGGCUACACGUAUUACGACGUCCUCGACGCCGACCAAGACGACACCCUGGCCCGAGUCUCGCUCUACCUCCUCUCGCGGCCCUCGGCCGAAUUCGCCUCCCUCGUAUCUCCUCUCCUCACGGCCGAAAGCGUGCGUCACAUGGCGCUCGUCAUACUCCUCGACUGGUCGCAACCACACCAGUGGCUUCGGCAAAUAUGGACCUGGAUCCAGAUGCUCGAGGAAGUGGUCAGCCACGUCGGCGCCGAAGUCCGCGGUGAGAUGGAGGGCGUCAUGGCCGCCUGGAAGGAGAGAGGCCGGGGAGGGUCGGCCACCAACCUCGACGGAACCCCCUCAGCCACGGGCUCGAGCCCUGACGGGGAUGGCCUCUUGCCGCUUGGGCCCGGCGAGUGGUCGGAGCCGAUGGGCCUGCCCCUACGGCAGGCCCAGAAGAUGGAGUUUUUGGAAAAGAACCAGGGGUGGAAGGAGCCCGAUUUCGACACGGUUCUGCAGUAUCUCCGGACCGUCCUGCUUCGACACGGCGCUUCCCUCAUCUACACGUCGCAAAACACUCCCUCCCAGCUCCCCCUCCUCAUCCACUCGACCCUCGGCGUGACCUCUCUGCUGAAGCGACAGCCGCUCAAGCACAACGUCAUCGAUCGCGACAAGAUCGUCGUGGCCCCCAACUGGGACUCUUGGAGCAAGAUUCGCAUUCUGGGCGGCACCUUUGACGCCGAGCUCGUCUCGGCCGGGUGGGAGGAGGACAUACAGCUGCCGCGCGGCUCCGAACCUCCCACCGCCGAGGACCACGAGGGUGCCGAGGAGGGUCAGCAGCCGGCUUCGUCGCGCGCGCCCAGCUCCAUCGUGCAGUACGAAUCGUGGUGUCGCGACCCCAACAGCGGCGGCCUGGCCGUCGUCGAGAGUGCCAUGGGCGACGGUGCCGCCGUUGCGGUCGACAGCGAGAGCCCCCAGGUCUUUCUGGAACGUCAGCUCAAGAUUCUCGAAGCCUUCAAGGCCAAGAUGCCCGACAGCGGAAAUGCGGCGCCGUCGGCUGCGACCACAAGGUUGGAUUUCCCUCAGGAGAAGAGCGUCAACGACCACAUCGGUCCCGUGCAGUUCAACAUGGGCGGCAUACAGGUCGAUGCCGACGACAUGCUGCAGCGUCUCAAGGACCGCAACGCGCACAUCGGCUCGCCCGAGGCUGGCGACUUGGAGGAUGAGGAUCCCGCCAGCAACAUGGCCAAGGACUACGACAACGAGCAGCUGCAGAGCUUCUUUAGCGGUUUGAUGAACAGGACGACCGCAUCGACAGAUGGCCCGCGCUAG